UGUCAUGAUGCGGUGCCUUCAAAGCACAGCCACUUAAUUGGAAUUUUGGACAUUUAGUUGCAACUUGCCAGCAGUGUGGGACCCGUGAAGGCAUCGGCAGCGUGAGCUCUCGUGGGUUCAUACCGGCUGGGCCAAACAAUCAGACAUGGAUAUGAGUGACAAAAAGGGUCCUAUUACACUGAAAAUAAUCCUCAUAGGAAACUCUGGGGUGGGAAAAUCCUCCGUCAUGAACAGAUACGUGAAUCACCGCUUCACCAACAUGUACCGGGCCACUGUGGGGACCGACUUCCUCUCUAAAACAAUCAGCAUAGAUGGGGACACAGUCACGCUGCAGAUCUGGGACACAGCAGGCACAGAGAGGUUCCAGUCUCUGGGUACACCUCUGUACAGGGGAGCUCACUGCUGCAUGCUGGUGUUUGAUGUCACAUCCAAGGCCAGCUUCUCUGCUCUGGAUGGGUGGAGGAAGGAGUUUUUGAUCCAAGGGGAACCCAAGGAUCCUUCUGAUUUCCCUUUUAUUGUACUGGGCAACAAAACGGAUCUGAGCGACCGAGAGGUGUCUGGCAAGCUGUCCCGGCAGUGGUGCGAGGAAAUUAGAGCUGAAUACUUUGAAGGAAGUGCCAAAGAAGAUCUGGAUGUAGAGAAGCCGUUUUUGAGAGCGGCUCAGCGUGGCUUACAGCAGUACAAAAAACACACAUUGGAAAAUACAGGACAUUUCCAGAUAACCUGCAAACAGCCGAGAGAAACUCGCAACACCUGUGAGUGCUGAGAGGCACACUCGUCUCAGUGUGGAAGGGGAAAGUUCAGAGACCUCGGCACUGCUGAUGAGGACCUAUCUAACGAGGGUGCAAAAAUAGUGACCCAGCAAAGGUACUGUGGAAGGAAAGGACACAAUUGUAUACCACAUGGAGAGAGGAACAAACUCAUUAAAUGUUUUUUCUUCUUUUUUUCUUUUUUUUCUGAGAACCUUCAGCUUAUGGUCUAACUUAAGGCAUCACUACUAAAAUACACUGCUUUUUUGCAUGCAUGUCUAGUUUUGUUCAACAGACACACCGACACGCACAAAAUUAUGAAUGCAUAUGAAGAGAAAGUUUUCAUUUCUAGAAAGUAAUCGGGAGAAAUCACAAACAGAACCCGAGGCACGGGCCAGAGAAAAAGCGGCAAACCCGGGCUCUCAUCUUCGUGGCCGUCGUUACCAUCACAACUGAAUCCACUCUUACAAAGUAGAUAUACACUCAUGUCCAGUCAGAAACCUCCUCCCUGUACAAGUUUUGUAUUGUAACGAACCUAGCAGUGAUUCGGACUCCUACAGUGAAUCAGCUUGACAGAAGCAAAUUAGGGAGACUAUAUAUAUUUAUAUAUAUAUAUAUAUAUACGUUUCUUUUAUAAGCAAAGACACAAAAGGCAAUCAAGAGAUGACCAACAUGUAAAAACAGUUUGUUACAGGUAAUUAUAUAAAAGGCCAAGAUGUUUCCUU